UCAAGUUGAAAAUCAAAGACUAAUAAAUCUCAUUUUUAUGUAGUUAAAAGUCUGCAUGUGCACAGAUGUGUGUAUGGUAAUUAGCUAUUUGUUGUGUUUGGCUGGUGAUUUUUUCUAUUUCUUUUUCCUUUUUUUUUUUGGGUAUGAUCAGGUGGUUUUGGAGCUACAAGAUGAUGGAAACCUGACAACAUCAGAUGAUCCUCCUGUUGUAUUUGGGUCCUUAGAUGGGGACUUCAUACAAAAGUCUGGGCUCUGUUCAGGAAACCUUCUACGAUUUGCUGUUAGUGAUGGUGGAUUGAGUUUUGUGGAUGGAAAGCUUGAAAGGGCUGAUCUACACUACCUGGGCAAGGUGAAUCGAGCACGUGCUUUCGCAGAUAGUUAUUCCAAGGUCAUGUUCCAGCAUUCAGUUAGGCAUUCUCCUCUGAGCAUUGAUGAUCUGUUAGCAUCCAUUACCUCGACAAAUGAUCAAGAAAAGGAAGCCUGUGAUGUGGAGAUGGCCGGUUGACCAUGACUCUUGGUGAUUGCGACGGAGAUUUCAUGGGUGUGUAUACCUACAUUAUAAUGGUACCAGGACAACACAGCAGCAAACCCCAUUAGCCUCCUCUAUAUCAAAGGUGUUUGAUACUCUCUAUGCUGCCUGCAUAGCUGUGAUGCUGCUGGAAAUGGCAUUGGAGAUGGGAGUUGGGAGACUGCAGCUUGUCCUCAGGCAAGGUAAAUCGACUAAUGGCCAUCACUGUUCAUUAAUUUGGCUGAGCAGUUUCUUCAUUAGUAUUUGAACGUGGCUUGGCAAGUAAUCAUUCUAUUAGGCCUUGGAUUAUGAAUGUAUGCCCAUGUUGGGCUAUUUAUAUCUCGGUUUUGUGGAAGAUUUAUACAACCCCUGAUACUAUAUUUAGUUUUGUAACAAUUUUCUAAAAACCCCAUAUUUUUAUAUGGUGGAUUUAUCUUGUAAAUGCAUGGAACAAUUUUCUUA